AGGACCGCCCCGCCCAGCGCGGAGUGCCGGCGCCGGGUUCCCUUCUGUCGCGCGGCCUUAUAGUUCCGGCUGUGGCGCGCGGUCGGAAAGUUUAUGCCGACGGACUGUGUCCGGUGAUGGGCACGGGGUGAGUGGGGAGGCCGAGGGCCCGGGGCUGCCUUUCGUUGCUUGUUGGGGUUACAGGUGAAGGGGUUAGGGGUGAAGAACAACCCAGGGCCAGCGCUUGGCCUUCCCGCCACCGUGGCGGCCGCCCCGCGCCGUCUGUGAGGCGCCAGUUCCGGGGCGCUGCUCCCGGCCUCCCCUCGCUCUGAAGCUCGGGGUCCCCAGCUCCGCGUAAACUGCACGAUUUCGCCCUCUGCUCAGCCCCCCUCUGCCCCCUCUUUCCAAGAGAGACUUCCAGAUCCCACAUUUUCUUGACUGAUUUUAAAGCAUUUCUCUGUUUAUAGCUGUCUGUUUGCAUUCUGAUUGGGAACACUGGGAUCAUUUUCAUCAUGCCGACAGUGGUGGUAAUGGAUGUAUCCCUUUCCAUGACCCGACCUGUGUCUAUUGAGGGGUCCGAGGAAUACCAGCGUAAGCACCUAGCAGCCCAUGGUUUAACGAUGCUGUUUGAGCACAUGGCCACAAAUUACAAGCUUGAAUUUACAGCACUUGUGGUUUUUUCAUCACUUUGGGAGUUGAUGGUCCCCUUCACGAGAGAUUAUAAUACCCUACAGGAAGCACUAAGUAAUAUGGAUGAUUAUGACAAAACCUGCUUGGAGUCUGCAUUAGUUGGUGUUUGCAAUAUCGUUCAGCAAGAAUGGGGUGGUGCAAUUCCUUGCCAGGUUGUCCUGGUGACAGAUGGCUGUCUUGGCAUUGGUAGAGGGUCACUGCGACAUUCCCUAGCCACUCAAAAUCAAAGAAGUGAGAGCAACAGGUUUCCACUACCUUUUCCUUUCCCAUCUAAGUUAUAUAUCAUGUGCAUGGCGAAUUUGGAGGAGCUCCAGAGCACUGAUUCCUUGGAAUGCCUUGAACGUCUCAUAGAUUUAAACAAUGGUGAAGGGCAGAUUUUUACUAUUGAUGGCCCCCUGUGCUUGAAGAAUGUACAGUCUAUGUUUGGAAAACUGAUAGAUCUGGCAUAUACGCCUUUCCAUGCUGUUCUCAAGUGUGGCCACCUAACUGCUGAUGUACAAGUCUUCCCCAGGCCAGAACCUUUUGUUGUAGAUGAAGAAAUUGAUCCUAUCCCUAAAGUCAUUAACACAGAUUUGGAAAUAGUGGGGUUUAUUGAUAUAGCUGAUAUUUCAAGUCCCCCAGUUCUGUCCAGACAUCUGGUCUUACCUAUAGCACUUAACAAAGAAGGUGACGAGGUGGGUACUGGCAUCACUGAUGACAAUGAAGAUGAAAAUUCAGCCAAUCAGAUUGCAGGCAAAAUACCCAACUUUUGUGUCCUGCUCCAUGGUAGCCUAAAAGUGGAAGGAAUGGUAGCGAUUGUUCAAUUAGGUCCUGAAUGGCAUGGAAUGCUCUACUCCCAAGCUGACAGCAAGAAGAAAUCAAACCUCAUGAUGUCUCUCUUUGAGCCUGGCCCAGAACCUCUCCCAUGGCUAGGGAAAAUGGCACAGUUGGGUCCUAUUUCAGAUGCUAAAGAAAACCCUUAUGGCGAGGAUGACAAUAAGAGCCCAUUCCCCCUGCAGCCCAAAAACAAACGCAGUUAUGCCCAGAAUGUGACUGUCUGGAUCAAACCCAGCGGCCUGCAGACAGAUGUACAGAAGAUUUUAAGAAAUGCAAGGAAACUACCUGAAAAAACACAGACAUUCUAUAAGGAGCUGAACCGUUUGCGAAAGGCCGCUCUAGCCUUUGGUUUCCUGGACCUGCUGAAAGGGGUGGCUGACAUGCUGGAAAGGGAAUGCACACUGCUGCCUGACACAGCCCACCCUGAUGCUGCAUUCCAGCUGACCCACGCUGCCCAGCAGCUCAAGCUGGCCAGCACCGGCACCUCUGAGUAUGCCGCUUAUGACCAGAACAUCACACCUUUGCACACGGACUUCUCUGGGAGCAGCACUGAAAGAAUUUGAAACUGACUUUUGGAGCUUUCCUUCUUUUUUCAUUUCAACUGAAAGUGAUUUAGGUAAAAACCUUUCCAGUAUGUUCACCUCUGGAAUAGCCACCCAAAGACCUUCCUGAGGCUGCCUCAGAAACACCACUUGCUGUUUUGAAUGACUCUACUAGUAUGAGAAGGAUGUGAAGGUGGUUGGCUGGUUGGGCUUUAACUUCCUGGGAUUCAUAAUUUUUAAGCUUGGAAGACAGCUGCUGUUCCCAUGAUGGGCACAUUUCCUGAGAAGCUUGAAUGACUGAUGAGCAUAGAACACCCCUGCCUUCCUCAGGAAACCUGACCGGCAAGGGCUCUCUGGCUUCCUGAAAGCUUCGCCUCUUCUCUUGUUUAUAUCUCAACUGUAAGGGCAUUUUCAAGCUUCUGUUCAUGGAAUGAGCAACUCAGACUGGGGCUUGCUGACUACAAACACACCACCACUAAGUUUCAGAACUUUCCUUAGAACUUGGGCAAAAUGUGGUGGUAACUCUUAGGUGCUUUUGGUAUCUCUUGAGAUUCUAACUUUUAAAGAGCAACCAUUAAUGUGUAAAAUGAGUCCUAUUUCUUCAAGGGUUUUUUUUUUAAUGAAAAUAAAAUAUUUGAUUUUCUAGAAAA